UGUGUGCUUUCCCAGUGACACAGCUGUAAGCAGUGAGAGACAGCUGUGGAACUCUGUGCAAACUGGAAAGUCCAUAUCUGGCACAUCUGAUUGUCCUAAAGAGGAAGCCACUGAAAUAGUGAUUGUGCCUUGCGACAGCCACACAUCACAGCCUACCACAUCCUCAGCAGAUGAUGACCAUCAUGCAGAUAUAGUCAAGCCAGAGCUGCCUUCGAUAGCAGUGGUGACAAACACAGCCAAGGCAACAACAUCAGCAUCAGAAGCAGAUGAAGGUAGAGUCAAGGUGAAUGUUUCAUCAACAAGAGUAGAGGUGACAAGCAUGAUUCCAUCAGAAGUGGCACCAGUAUCCUCUCUGGAAAAGAUGGCAGACAGCAAAUCUAUAGUGACCGACUUGAUGGAAACAGAGCCUGUAUUCAUACCAAACCUCCAGCAUUUGUGUAUAGGAUCAAGGUGUUUUGAAGGUCAUGGCAACCUUUCACUUGGAGUAGCAUGUCUUGACAGGUGCCUAUCUGCCAACUCUGCUCUGUGUAGUCUCAUCAUUUUGUGUUCUGAGAGCUCCCCUGAUAUAAACAUGGUGGUGGAUGUUGUUGCACAUCGGUUACCACACUUGAAAGAGCUGACAGUGGAUGCAGCUGAAAGUCUUGCCAAUAGCAGUGUCUUUCAACUACUCAGCACCUGUAAAAAUCUGACAAAGAUUGACCUUACAGGUGCAUGCUUCCUCACAGAUGCAGCACUACUGCCAUUAUGUAAUAACCCAAAGGUAGAAGAACUGCUGCUGUCAGAAACAUGUGUCUCCCACCCCUUUCUGUUGAGCAUUGGCAGGAUUGCAGAACAUCUUCGUGUUCUUGACUUGGCCUGGUGUGAGAACAUUGAGGAGUACAGUCUCAACACUGCACUGAGGGAGUGCUCACAGCUUACCCGCCUCAACCUUCGUCAGUGCCCUGUGAGCGAUCACACUUUAGAAAUCAUUGCAACUCACUGCACACAGCUGACCGUUCUUGGACUGUCCUGUGUGUUAGAUAUUUCUGAUGCUGCAGUUGCAGCCCUUGUUGGGUGCCUGGAACAGCUUCAAUCAGUGGAUCUAAGCUGGAACUCAGAGUUGACAGACACUUCAAUCUAUGCCCUGCUUGUGUCAUGUCCCUGGCUGCACACCGCAGAGCUUACAGGCUUAAAGCGCAUCACAUCAGCUUCAUUUUUACCCAUAAUUGCAGAUCUGGAUCGGUGGCGUAAGUGUCAGGCCUGAUACGUUACAAAUUACUUGUACGGAAAGCAACAGCACCAGCUGCUGAUCUUGAUUCAUCUGAUGAAGAUCCUGAAGAUCUGUUCAUGCCACAGCGAAGCACAUCAUAUGCCACCAGCCUGCGCAGCCUGUACCUGCACUAUUGCGAUAGCGUGUGUGACAGACACUUACAGGAGAUUGUUGCAGUGUGCCAGGGCUCAUUGGCUAUUGUUGAUUAUUAUGGUGAACCUGUUAUGCCCAUUCUGUUCUCUGCUCGUCCUGGACAGUUAUUUCUGCCAUCUCGUUGACCCUGAACCACCAUACUUACUACAUACAUUGCUGCAACAUAAUUUUUAUGGGAUGUUGUUUCUUAAAUGUUACCUUUCUCAAGACAAUCUUCAUGGCCUUUUUAUUAUUUUUGACGCCUGGGGCCACCUGCACAUUUCUAAUUUUAAACACUUUUAGGCAUGAAAUCUAUUUUGCUAAUCAGCUUUAAAGAAACAGCAAACAACACGAUUUAAGAACUUUAUGUUUCUUAAUUUGCUUGUUUAGAACAAGGUUAGGUCAAGUUUCAGAAAUGUGCAAUUAGCCCUUGCUUUGUAACAAGAAUGUUAAAACACUUGGGAUAUUUGUUAAAAAGCACAUGAUGCCUUGAAAUUUUAAGGCACAAAAUAGCUGAAUCAUCAACAGUGUAUGUUAGCUUUGUUGUGAACAAAACUUUGAUAUUUGUUUUUAGUGCUUAUGCAAAGUAGACUAUGCAAUGAAGUGCUUAGCAGGUAUUGCUUUUAAACCUGAUCCCCCCACAUCAUCACCCCCUCAACCACCCAAAAACAAACUCCAUAAUGGUUUGAAUUUUUCUCUGGCCACUUUAACUAGGUAUAAACAAUAUAUAAACGAUGUAUAAACAAUGCUGCGAUAGUGUAGGAUCAUCUAUCCAUGACAGGAUUGUCUUGCUGCAACUAAAAAGCAUGUCGAGACCAUACUUUCUUCCACACUUAUUUGUAAUGGUUUGCGAUGUCUAAGGCCAUGUGAUGAGCCAAUGGUCUUACAUGCCCAUGUCACAGAAGCAGUAAAUAAUAAACACUACUACUACUAAAUAUCUUAAACAGUAAGGUCAUAGUGACAAGCCAUGGGUCAGCUGGAAAGGGGGGGAAAUUACUGUGUAAUUUUGUUUGUUGCACGACUAAAGUCAAAAGCCAGGAUCAGUGUCCCACUUCUCACCUUGCUUAGAAAGGUAACCCCCUCUCUUUUUCUAUCCUCAGAUGCUGUCACAGUAUCGCUUCGGCCUCUUGCAUUAUUGAAACUAGUUACUGCAUGUCUACUGUCAUAUCAAGAUACAUCAGUUUAAGGCAGUUACAGAUUAUUUUAGAAAUAAGAGUAGAAUCUGUAAUAAAAUGUUGCCUUGUG